UGAAUUUCGUUCUUUGCGACCAUGGCCACUGAAAUUUUGGUGACAUUGUCCCGACUAGAAAUGUCUUCUGGACUAGGUUUCUCAUUGCUCAGCAUUGCGGAAUAUCCACCGGUCAUCUACGAUGUGAUCGAAAACACUCCGGCAGCUGAAUGCGCCCAGAUUGAAGCCGGUGAUGUAAUAAUUAAGAUUAACAAUGAAGAUGUUCGUUCAUACACUAUAAAAGACGUGUUGAAAUGCUUGCGAUUAGCACAAAAUCCUAUUACACUUAAAUUAAUCAGAGAUCCAGAAAUUAAAACCAAAGUGUAUAGUAAACUAACUGAAGAUGGAAAUGCUCCUCAAGUCUUGUUUCAUGAUAUGGAUUCUCCUCAACCACCUCCACAAUCUCACCCACCUCCUUUAGAAAUGGUUACCAGAACAAACACAAAUAGAGUAGAGGCACCAAAAUAUGAAGCUUUUAUGAUGACCGGUGAUAGAGUUAUUAAAAUGUCUAGAAAUUCACAGGUAUCCUUAUUUCCAAAAAGAGAUCGAAAAGUUGAUUGUAUUGUGAAAAACGGUGGCCCUCUUAAAUUCCAAAAAGUCAAUUCAAGCUCUGUUCCUAGUAGCCCAGUUGAUAGUGAAAGGCCCACUAUAGAAAAACCUAAAUCUGGAAAUACUUCACCAGUUUCUUUGCAACCUUCAAGUAUUUCAAAUUAUAAGUGUGGUUCACGCUCAGAAGAUCCUUUACAAACAAAUUCUGCAUAUCCAAUGACUUCUAAUAUGAGUAUUGAUACCGAAGAUGAGGAUAUGACAUCAUCUUGUAAUACAUUGUUAAACACUAAUGUUAUGCCAUUAGAAAUGGAAGAUAAAAGGGUAUUAUGGACCUAUAAUGCGGGUCAUGUUCCAAAUGACACAUCAACAUCUUACAACUCUCUUUCUAAAGUUGUGUCACCUAGCUCACCAACUUCAAAUUCAUCAUCUUUAAUAUCAUCACCAUCUGACAGGCGACGCACAAAUAAAGGAAAUUACCGCUGUAACAGUCAACCUAAUAGUAGUCAUUCAAAUAUAUCUAGUCCAGAUUUUCAAGACAUGGCUGAUACAGAUUUUAUAAUUAAUUCUCGAGAAAUAGAAGAUUCAGAUCCUAAUGAUAGUGAUUCUACUAUUUUAGCGAUUGAACCACCUAGGAAGCGCAGUGCUGAGAGAGAGCAAUAUCCAUAUGAUACACAAUCGGAUCAUCGAAUUGUAAUACAGGUUAAAGGACCAGAAAAAAAUAAUGAUAAUAAUAAUAGAUAUUAUAAUGGAAAAGAUAAAGAUCAAAACUAUAAGGAAGAAGAAACCGAAGAUGUUCAACAUUUACUGGCACUAAUGGAAGGUGCAGCUCAAUUAGCUAAUUCUGUCACUAAUAAUGAAGAGAACUGGACUUUAAAUGAAGAAUUAGAUUCUGAAAGCUUACACAGCUUUCAUUACUCUCCUAAAGCCGUUGAUAUGCCUUCAGCAGUAAGAUUAGCGAAACGAUUAUUUCAUUUAGAUGGUUUCAAGAAAAGUGAUGUAUCACGACAUCUAAGCAAAAACAAUGAAUUUAGUAGAGCUGUAGCAGAAGAAUAUUUAAAGUAUUUUGAUUUCAAAGGACGCUCAUUAGAUUUGGCACUGCGACAAUUUUUAAAACAAUUUAGUUUGACGGGAGAAACUCAAGAACGAGAAAGGGUAUUAGUUCACUUUUCUAAAAGAUACUUGGACUGUAAUCCUCAAUGUUUUAAUUCACAAGAUGCUGUACAUACAUUAACCUGUGCUAUAAUGCUGUUGAAUACAGAUUUGCAUGGUCAAAUGAUAGGGCGUAAAAUGACUUGUAAUGAAUUCAUCGAAAACCUGGCUGGACUCAAUGACAAUGAGCAUUUCCCUAGAGAUGUUCUUAAAUCAUUGUAUAUGGCAAUAAAAACAAAUCCCUUAGAAUGGGCUAAUGAUGACGAUUUAGAUGAAAAUCAGCUUAAAUUAUCCAAUGCCAAUCAACCAACAGAUAAUCUUGGAAAUAAACUUCCUGGCCAGAAAGGUAAUAAUUAUGAUGAUAACGUCAUGACACAAGCCUUGGAACAUAAAAAAGGCUAUGUAAUGAGAAAAUGUUGUAUGGAGGCUAAUGGGAAAAAAACCGCUAGAGGAAAACGUGGAUGGAAAAUGUAUUUUUGUACAUUACGUGAUCUCAUUCUUUACUUACAUAAAGACGAUUCUGGUUUUCGGAAAACUCAAAUUAGCGAUAGUAUUCAUAAUGCCAUACACAUACAUCAUGCUUUGGCAACUAAAGCUACAGAUUAUACAAAAAAGCAACAUGUUUUUAGGCUAGUAACUGCUGAUCGAGCUGAAUAUUUAUUUCAAACUAGCGAUUCCAAAGAAUUAGAUUCAUGGAUAAACACUAUUAACUUUGUAUGUGCAAGCUUUUCUGCCCCUAGAUUACCAAGUGCUGUUGGUAAUCAGAAAAAAUUUCAGAGGCCAUUAUUACCUUCGGCACCAACAAAAUUAAAUUUGCGAGAGCAGCUUCGUGAACAUGAAGACACAUUGAGACAAUUAGAAGUAGAAAUUGAUAUACACAAGAAAAAACCACCAGAACGUGGUUCUAAGCACAUCACUCUUCAGUUUUACAAAGAAAAAGAAGCCCACUUAAAUGAAGAACUGAAACGGUAUAAGACUUAUGUCUGUUUGUUGAGAUCAAAAAUGAUCCAGCAUCCAGAGUACGAUUCUAGUGCUGCACUUUUGGAGACUGAUGACGAAGCAGAAAUUAUUACUGCUAAUAACCAAAAUUGCUCGUUACCCAUUUCAAACAGGAGUAUCGAUGCUUGAAGCUGAAAAAUAUGCCACUGGACUUUCAAGACAUUGUCACUUGGCUGUGUAGUUAAUAUAUUUGUAUUUAUUAUUAUAUUUAUCGUUUUAAAUUUUACUUAUUUUAUUUGUGGCCACCAUCAAUUUUUCAAAUAUUGUUGAUGAUUCCUAAUCAAAAUUAGACAUUAAGUCUAGGUAUAAAGUUUUGUUUUUUAUUGUGUGAAAAAUUUAAUUAUAUUCAAAUCUGCUUAACAAUUGUGCAUAUUAUAUUGUAAAAAUAUUUAUAAAAAUCGUUUUAGUACAAAAUAAAUAUUUUUUAAGUAAUAAUUUAAUUUUCCAGACAAUUUUUUAUAGCAUACAACAUAAUUUAUAUAAUAUUUAUGUACUCAUAUACAUAAAUAUACAAUAAUCUAAUAUUUUAUAACCACUAAAUUUUUC